AUGGGGUAAGUAAAACACUUUGUCGCAGGUUUUCCAAAGUUUAUUUUCGUUAGAAUGAAUUCGUUAAGUUCGUGUCUUUUCCAUGUGUUUAUCUAACUUCUCUUCUCGAAAAAUCAAUCGAUCAAACAAAAAAAUCUGCGAUGCUCUUCUAGACUGAUCUGUCAAUGAAAUAACUCGUUUUUCACCUCCCCCUUUCAACUUUACCUAUACACUUCUCCUCCCCUUUUCACAUUUUUUCUCGUCUCGUCUGAACUCUCCACUCCUCCUUCAUAAUCUCGUCGCACAAACAAACAAAACUUUCUAACCGUCUACGUCUCUUCAUCUCACAUGAUUUUGGCGGGCCCCACGCUAGCGUCUCCCCACUUCUUUCAUUCUCUCCAAUGUUCUUUCUCGUCUCAGCUGCUUUCUUUUUCGUCUUCUUGCCAUUCUUUUUGUGUAGUCACAUGUUGUGUUGCUUGAUAUUACUUUUCGUCUCCAAUCUUUUCUCAUUUCAUUUCAAUUUCUAGAAAGUUUUCAGUCAGUUGGGCUGUUUUGUUUGGUAGCAACGAGACAAUCGUUUCGGUUUGAUUUUUAGUUUUAGUUGAUUUUUUUCCACAUGACUUUGGAUGGUUUAUAGGUCUCCCUAAGGACAGUGUUCGAUUGGUUUAUUACACAAUAAACUUCGCUUUUUCUCGUUCAUAAGGUCAUGUGAUUCCGAUCAAAACGACCUUUUCGAAAACAUUUUUCAUUAUGACGAAAGACGACGUAAUUUUCUCCCUUUUGCUCUAAUAUUUUAGCUCGUUGGAAAAUAUAGCAUUCGAAAUGUUUCCGACUAAUUAAUAGUGCUCUCAUAUUAAAAUUAUAGGCUUCUUUCUAAUCUCAGGUGUAGAAGUACGGAAGCCCCAAACAACAACAAAAUAUCGAUUACCACCACCCCCUCCUCUCACUGCUCUUUCCUUCUUUCUUACAAAUAUAGACAUCUGCUCGCCUUGCCCCAGCUGUCUCACUUUACUUUUGAUAUUUUUCAUAACCAACCAAACAAAUAAUAUUUCGAAAUAUAAAAAGUGAAAACUUAUCAAUCACAUGGUUUAUUUUUCGUCUUAUAGUAGUUGUAGUAUUAUUUUGCUGUUUUAGUUGUUAAAAUUGUUGAUGAUCUAAUUGCAGAACCGAAAAAAACAACAUGAAGUGGGCGUACAAAGAGGAGAACAACUUCGAGAAAAGACGUGCUGAAGGAGACAAGAUCCGCAAGAAGUACCCAGAUCGUAUUCCAGUGAGUUUAUCUAGAGAUAUAAUUAUAUUUGGCAUCCAAACACCAAUUAAAAACCCUUUGAUGUGUGACGUCAUCGGGUAGAACAGGUGUUUCAAAAGAACAAAAGAGCAAAACAAUAAUAUGCUCUAUUAUAACACGUAUUUUCCAGGUGAUCGUCGAGAAGGCACCAAAAUCGCGUCUUCGUGAUUUGGACAAAAAGAAGUACUUGGUUCCAUCUGACUUAACUGUUGGACAAUUCUACUUUUUGAUCCGGAAGAGAAUUCAACUUCGUCCAGAAGAUGCGCUCUUCUUCUUUGUCAACAAUGUCAUUCCACAAACCAUGACAACUAUGGGACAAUUAUACCAGGUAAAACAAAACACCUUUUUCCUUAAAUUGAAGUUUUUGUCAAAAACAAAACAAAAACGUGUUGCUACUGAAAAUGGAAAUCGAAAGUUUUUCAUUUAUAAAAUACAAAACUGGUUUAUUUCUCUCAACUAAAACAUAUUUUUUCCAGGACCAUCACGAGGAAGAUUUGUUCCUCUACAUUGCCUAUUCGGACGAAUCGGUUUAUGGAGGAGAAGUUGAAAAGAAGUAA